AUUAUUUAUAAUGUUGAUAACCAUUAAAGUUAUUUUAGGAUAAUAUUUUAUUUCUCUUCAAUUCAUGGAACUUUCUUAUUUCAUUCAAUAUUUGAUCACUUUAAUAGUUUACAUUAAAUUGAUCUAUUCAACAACAGAGUUGAAUCAACAACAAAACCACCACCACCACCACCACCAACAACAACAACAACAACAACUAGAUCGUUUAGCAACAUUUUCAUUAAAAUUUCUAGAAUUUCAUAAUCAUGCACAUCGACGUAUUGAUGGUAGUUGUUGUGGUCGUCCUAAACAAUCAUCAUCUUCAUUAUUAACUACUAUAAAAGUAGAAACGGAAAUAUGUAAAGCAGAAUGUGCAUUAGAGUUUCGUAUUUGUAUUGAACCUUAUACAGUAAUUAAUACAUUAUCGAAUAAUACAAAAAUUUACAAUGGUCCUUGUAUGUACGGUGAAGUAUAUACUGGUCAUUGGGGUAAUACAGAUAUUACAUAUGGAUUAUUAGAAGCCAGUGUACACUCUAUUGGAAUUAUACAUCCAUGGCCGCGUUUAUUCACAGUAAUAUUAGAAGCAUAUGAUUUAGUUAAUCAAAAUGAAAAAUAUUUAAUUGAUCGAGCUAUACAUCGUGGUCUAUUACGUCCAUUAAUUUCUUCUACAAAACAAUCUACAGAUUGGCAUCAAGUUACUAUAUCAACACAAUAUUCCGGUUAUACAUUUUGUAUACAAUUAACAUGUGAACUAAAUCAUUAUGGUAAUGAUUGUACAAAAGUAUGUCAAACAAAUGAUAAUCAUACAAAAUUUAAAUGUGAUGCAAAUGGUGAUAAAAUAUGUGAACCUGGUUGGAGUGGAACUGAAUGCGAUAAAGCAAUAUGCAAUAUUGGUUGUCAUCCAGUUCAUGGAACUUGUUCAAGACCAGGAGAAUGCGAUUGUUCAACUGGUUGGCAAGGUCCACUUUGUGAUGAAUGUAUAAAAUAUCCAGGAUGUAAACAUGGAACAUGUAAUGAUGCACCAUUUACAUGCCGUUGUUUACCUAAUUGGGGUGGAUCAUUUUGUGAUCAAGAUCUGGAUUACUGUGGACGACAUCAACCAUGUUUAAAUAAUGGAAUAUGUAGAAAUUUGAAUUCAUCAUAUUCAAAACCAUUUAAUUGUAGUUGUACACGUGAUUUUACCGGAGAAUAUUGUGAAAUAAAAUUGGCACCGUGUACAAAUGAUCCGUGUAAACGUGGUCGUUGUAUAUCAAAAGAUAAUAUCACCUAUGAAUGUGAAUGUCAACCAGGAUGGCGUGGUGAUCAUUGUGAAGAGAAUAUUGAUUAUUGCUUAAUCAAUACAUGUUUAAAUGGUGGAACAUGUCAAGAUUUAGAUGGUCCUGGUUUCCAAUGUUUAUGUCCAUCUGGUUUCAAAGGAUCUAAUUGUCAAUUAAGAUCACCAUGUAGUAAUUCACAAUGUGUACAUGCAGUUAAUUGUAAACAAUUAAUACAACCAGUGAAUGGGAUUGAUUAUGAAUGUAUGUGUCAACCUGGUUGGACAGGACAAUUUUGUGAUCAAAAUAUCGAUGAUUGUGUGGACAAAUGUCAAAAUGGAGGAACAUGUCACGAUCUUCUAGAUGAUUUCUAUUGUACUUGUCCAAUUGGAUUUGAAGGUAGACAUUGUGAAAUUAAUCGUGAAUGUUCUAGUAAACCAUGUCAAAAUAAAGGAAUUUGUCAUGAAAUUCCUGGUGGUUAUUUAUGUGAAUGUCCAAAUGGAUUUAUAGGACAAAAUUGCGAAAUUUCAAUAAAUGGAUGUAAUCCAAAUCUUUGUCAAAAUGGUGCUUAUUGUUAUACAUUAUCUAGUGGUUUCUAUUGUAAAUGUUCAGAAAAUUUUUAUGGACAAUUUUGUGAAUAUCAAAGACCAUAUUGUGGACCAGAUGGUUGUGAUACAUUAAUGGAUCCAUGUUUAAAUAUGUUAAUUAUGCAUAAUAAUGAUACAUUCCCAUAUCCUUCUUCUUCUUCUUCUUCCUCAUUGACGUUAACAUCUUCAGUAUUAACCUUUCAACAAUCAACAAUGAUUCCGAGAAAUUCAACUCAAUCAAAUUAUGAUAAUUUAUUAAUUAGUCAUCAUGAGAUCACAUAUCCUUAUGGUGUAUGUGGUCAACAUGGUACAUGUGUUAGUACAGAUAAUGGAGAUUAUAAAUGUAUCUGUGGAACUGGUUAUCAAGGAAAAUAUUGUCAUCAAUCAAUUAAUUAUUGUGAAACUAUGCCAUGUAUGAAUGAUGGUACAUGUAUAAGCGGUUUAGAAGGUUAUGAAUGUAUAUGUGAAGAAGGAUUUAGUGGUGUGCAAUGUGAACAUCCUAUUGAUUUAUGUCAACCAAAUCCAUGUCAAAAUGGUGGCUAUUGUCAGCAUACAUUACAUCCAGGAGAUUUUCAAUGUCGUUGUGCACCAGGUUGGUCUGGUCGUUGGUGUGAAUUUCAAACAGAUAAUCCAUGUAAUAUGGCUAAAAUUUGUUUUAAUAAUGGUAAAUGUCAUCAAGAUCAUUUAAGUCCCGGAUUAUUUAAAUGUGAAUGUGAUAAUCAAUGGAUUGGAUCUGUUUGCCAGUUACGUCGACCAGAAACAAGAUCAUGUGUACAAAAAAAUCUAUGCAAAAAUGGUGCUACAUGUAUUGAUUUAGGUAACAGUUUCAAUUGUAUCUGUCGUCCUGGUUUCGAUGGUCAAUAUUGUGAAAAUGAAAUUAAUGAAUGUAAUUCAAUGCCAUGUUAUAAUAAUGGAACAUGUAAAGAUCUUAUUAAUUCUUUCGAAUGUGAUUGCCCUAAAGGUUUCAUUGGAACAGACUGUAGAAUAAACGUUAAUGAAUGUGCUUCAUAUCCAUGUUCAUUUGGAUCAACUUGUAUUGAUCGUGUUGGAACAUAUGAAUGUAUUUGUCCAGAACAACGAUAUGGUCGACAUUGUGAAGAAGUGAUGAUUGAAACAGAACCAAAACCUCCAGCAUGUAAUUUUUAUGGUCGAAUUUACGAUCAUAAUGACAAUUGGACUUAUAGUUGUCAACAAUGUCAUUGUAAUAAAGGACAAAUUAUAUGUACUGAUGAUUUCUGCGGAUAUUGGUCAUGUUUACAAAUUAUUGGACGAAAUGAUCGUUUCGCUUGUAAAAAUGGUGAAAUAUGUCAUAUUAUCUCAUCAAAUAGUUUGAAUAAUAAUGAUUGUUUUGUACCACAUGUUAUUUACGUACAAUUUGUUUAAAUGCUAGUCAAUCAAUACAAGAACAAUUAAAACAAUUAUUACCUAAUUAUUAUUUUAAACAAUCAUUACCUGGUUGUCGAC